UACAGGGAACACUCACUUUUCGAAGUUCGGCAAACAGUAUAGCUUUAUCGAACGCCUUAAUUCACGGUGUCAACAGGGUAUGCUGGGUUUGAAGACAUUUCAGCCACUUAAAGUAGUGUUGAGAGUUUGUACCAAGCGAAACUAUGGAUUCAUGGCUAUUCGAAGGGACUAUGGUCCCGAAGACGUGGAAAAACUUCGCGGAUCUCUAAAGAUUGAGAAAACGUUAGCGAGACGAGGAGCAGGGAGGUUUUGGGAGCUGAUUAAUCAAGAAGAAGGCUCUUACGUGAACGCGCUGGGUGCCAUGACAGGCAGUCAAGCAGUUCAGAUGGCCAAGGCCGGUUUACAAUCCAUUUACCUCAGCGGCUGGCAAGUAGCGGCAGACAGUAACAUGGCUGGGCAGACAUACCCUGAUCAGAGUUUGUAUCCUGCCAACUCAGCCGCUAAACUUGUUGAACGAAUCAACAACGCCUUCAUUAGAGCGGAUCAGAUAGCUCACAUGGAAGGAUCUGAUAAACACAUUGACUUCUUUUUGCCCAUUGUUGCCGAUUGCGAGGUUGGAUUUGGUGGGUCGCUGAACGCCUUUGAACUCACCAAAUCAAUGGUAAGAAAAUGUAUUUUUGUAUCCCAUUUUGAACAUUAAGUUUUAUGAUAAUUUUGACUUUGCAUCUAUCAAGUUAGAAGACUAACAACCACAAUUUCUAGAUUCUAUUUAACUUGUAAAAACCACUAUACCUUAAAGCUUCGCGUUUUUGACCCGGUU